AUGGCCUUAUGCGGGACGGUCAGCAAGGAGAACUUCAACAACAUCCCUGACCUGGAGCUCAACCCGAUCCGAUCCAAAAUCGUCCGUGCCUUCUUCGACAACAGGAACCUGCGCAAGGGGCCCGGCGGCCUGGCUGACGAGAUCAACUUCGAGGACUUUCUGACCAUCAUGUCCUACUUCCGGCCCAUCGACAGCACCAUGGAUGAGGAGCAGGUGCAGCUGUGCCGGAAAGAGAAGCUAAGAUUUCUGUUCCACAUGUAUGACUCGGACAGCGACGGCCGCAUCACCCUGGAAGAGUAUCGAAAUGUGGUCGAGGAGCUGCUCUCUGGAAACCCCCACAUCGAGAAGGAGUCUGCGCGCUCCAUCGCCGACGGGGCCAUGAUGGAGGCGGCCAGCGUCUGCGUCGGGCGGAUGGAGCCUGAUCAGGUGUACGAGGGCAUCACUUUCGAUGACUUCCUGAAGAUCUGGCAGGGGAUAGACAUCGAGACAAAGAUGCACGUCCGCUUCCUUAACGUGGAAACCAUCGCCCUGUGCCACUGACCACCCCUCCCCCGCGGAGAACCCGCACUUGGACCCGGGCGGCGAGGCCCACGGGGGCCCUUUUGCUACAGCUUUGUAAAUAGUCAGCAUCCCUCGCUCAUCUCUUUUUCCCGCAGGGUAUGGUACAUGGGGCUUUGCUGUUUUUAUCUCCAAUAAAAAAGAAAAAGGGUUUGUUGAUGAACCUGGCUCCUGUCCGUUCCCCACGUCCACGCACGUGGCCUGGCCAUUUGGCGGCCCGAGGCUGGCCGACUGUGGGCGAGGGGCAAGCAGCAGCAAGUCUUCAGAGGCUGGUUUGCAAGGGGAUUUAUUUUUU